AUGCCUAUUCUAUGUGGAAACUUCAAUCUUCCAACCGAUUUCCUCGGCCGCUUCCUAAAGUCUCAAUUCAAGACUCUCCCAUACCCAGAUACCUCGUUUGCAGGCCAAACAAUAAUCAUAACUGGCGCAAACACCGGUCUUGGACUCGAAGCCGCCAAACACAUUGUGCGACUCAAUGCUGCGCGAGUAAUCCUCGCCUGCCGCACUCUCUCUAAAGGUGAAGCCGCAGUCGCCUCCAUCACAGCCUCUCUCCCCAAUCACAAAUCGAUCAUUGAAGUAUGGCUCGUGGACCUUACCUCCUAUGCCUCGGUCAAAGAGUUUUGCGCCAAAGUAAACCAGCUGGACCGGUUAGAUGUACUGCUCGAGAAUGCAGGCUUGGCAGUCCCGAAAUAUGAGGAAUUUGAGGGGAUGGAAAGUACGGUGACGGUCAAUGUAAUGAGUACAUUUUUAAUGGCACUGCUAGUAUUACCGAAGUUGCGGGAGAGUGCUGCGAAGUUUGAUAUUACGCCGAGACUAACAAUUGUGGCGAGUGAUGCACACGAACAGGCCCACUUCAAAGAACAACACUCCCGCUCCAUCCUCCCCGCUCUCAGAAACCCGAAACUCCAACAAGACCGCUACAAUGUCUCUAAACUCCUCGAGAUCCUCAUUAUCCGCGAACUAGCCCCCCGACUCUCUAAAUCUGAAAAAGAGUCCGUAAUACUCAACACACUUACGCCUGGAUUCUGUCAUUCCGACCUUAUGCGUUAUGCUGUAUUCCCUUUAAGCAUCUUUGCUUGCAUUGGUAAAUCAUUAUUAGCGAGAACGGCAGAGGUAGGUAGUAGGACGUUAGUUGCAGCGGCUGCUGCUGGGGAGGAAAGUCAUGGGGCUUAUAUGGUGGAUUGUGCGUUCAGUGAGCCGAGUAAGUAUGUCAGGAGUGAGAAGGGAAUGAAUGCUCAGAUGAGGCUUUAUGCAGAGGUUAUGGAGGCAUUGGAGGAGAUUGAACCAGGGAUUACGAAGAACAUAUAA